CCCAGGAAAAAUAGGCCUUGGCAGCUCAGUUGAUUCUUGUUCAUAAAUAAAUAGAACUGAAUUGAACGGCACUCGCUCACAGAUUUUCGAGCAAAAACAGAAACUGCACGCAGCAGUCUAGUUUGAGCUUUGAUAAACAUGUUGAAUUGUUUCCGCUUUUUCUAAGAAUAGUGAUCCCGCUUCGCCCAAACUAUCCCAAUUUUCCGGGCAAAGCAUUUCCAUAAAUUACAAGGAUACACUUCAUUCUUGCCCGUGGUCAGUCUCUGGUAGCCGGAUUUAAACCUUUGAAGGUAUGUAAAAGAUGUAGACACAGUAUCUAUGUUUUAGAAGAGUUAAGUAAUGAAGUGUUUGUGUAAAUCUCCUGCUUGACUGAUUUAAGGGCACUUAAGCGUGCCUAGUCCACCAAGAUCCUGUUUCUAACUGAACACUGACUGAAACGCAAGGAAUUGGGCGUCUGCAUCUUGAUAUCUGUGAGUUUAUAUUGCCGGAGCUUUGUUAGCUCUCAUUGAGUCAGACUGAAAGUGAUGCGCACGUUCAAAUUGUGCAAAGGAUCCCAGGAACGUCUUUAAAACUAUUUUAGAAGAAUGCAUUUCCACCUCAAAAUCAAGCGAUACUAAGUGCCUUUUUAAAAUUUGCUACAAGCAUUCCGCCAUCUUGCAUGGCAACUUGACCUGGCCAGUUUCUCCUCAUAUGUAAUAAUUUAGAAGGAAUUUUUCGUUGUGUAAAGAUCAAAGAAGUCAGACAGACCAGGCAAAUUGACGAAACGAAGAGUUUGUUAGGAUCGAAGAGUCGCACGUCUUAUGCAACAAAGCAUUUCUGGCCAGAGGCGGCGGAACGUUUUGAAACGUGAGGCUCAUCUUCGACUCAGCUAUACGCAUUGACCCCUCAGAUGUUCCAAAAUGCCCUUUAAUUUUGUGUUGUUCGUUGGCACAAGCAAACCUCUUUGCAAUCUUCACUGUGUCUAGUGUGUCCGUAAUCGAUUUGUGACAAUGCAGCAGUAGGCAGUUGUUCAGGCGGUCCUGCUUCAUGGUGCUUCUCAGGUAGUUCUUGAGUCGUCUGAGGGCAGAAAAUGUGCGCUGUAAAGCCGCCUAUGUCAAAGGUAUUGUCAAAUUCAUCUUUAAGCGGGUUUUUUGGGAACCAAACGGUGUGGGGCGGGGGAGGGCUCUGCUCUAACUUUUUGCUCCUGCCCCCCCCCUUCCAUGCUACGCUGCAUAUGUUUCUGGCCGAUAAAUGUGGAGAGACGUUUGAUUUGGUUGUUUUUUUUUAUAUUAAAUUUUGCUGGAAACCGGCGACUUGCUUUGUUGCAAGGAUGUUGAAUGUUAUGUUUCUACAUUCAUGCACGAUUUACAUAUUAGCACUUUUACAGACUUGUCUGACCUACGUUUGUUGUGGAACUCUUUUAAUUUACAUAGGUAAACACAAGAUUUAGAGCAAUUUUGGAUACACCAGCACAGGUAAUUUUUUCAAAGACUGCUUUGUAGUCUUCGAUAUAUAUUUGAGGAUCCUGAUUUACCCAAAAUUGCUCGAGAAAAAUCAAGUGAUUACUUGUUGAUAAUAUGCAUGCACAAAUUUGAGUGUCCUUGUCACGGCUCACGUGCCCCGCCUCAGGGCACCCAACGACUAUUGAUAUGUGCCCUCCCCUUGCGCCCCCCCCGCCUCCUUAAGACACCAUUGUUUUCAAUUUAAUAUUGAUAUAGGGCCAGUCACGUAAUGAAGUCGUUCCUUUUUUUGAUAUUCCAGAGGAAAAAAGAAUAGCUUUAGAAAGUGCCGGCGUCCUGAUCAGUUUUAAUCUAAUAUUAAGACGUGUGGAGAAAGAAACUAUGGCCGCCAAGUGUUCUCAUGUAUUCAUUACCAUUGCAGUCUUCGGGGUGGUUUUCUCACAAAUGGGUAAGUAACCCAACUGAGCGAAUUCAGAGCAUUUGCACAUCUCUUAUCAUGCUCGCUGAAGAAGACCAUACUUAUGCAAAAUUUGGGGCAGGACAAAAUUUCUAUACUGUCUUCCCACCUCCACCACCACUACAUUUCUAUUGUCUUUCAACCUCCACCACCACUACAUUUCCAUUGUCUCCCUCCUCCACCAUUACUACAUUUCUACUGUCUUCCCUCCUCCACCACCACUACAUUUCUAUUGUCUUCCCUCCUUCACCACCACUACAUUUCUACUGUCUUCCCUCCUCCACCACCACUACAUUUCUAUUGUCUUCCCUCCUCCACCACCACUACAUUUCUACUGUCUUCCCUCCUCCACCACCACUACAUUUCUAUUGUCUCCCCUCCUCCACCAUCACUACAUUUCUAUUGUCUUCCCUCCUCCACCAUCACUACAUUUCUAUUGUCUUCCCUCCUCCACCAUCACUACAUUUCUAUUGUCUCCCUCCUCCACCAUCACUACAUUUCUAUUGUCUUCCCUCCUCCACCAUCACUACAUUUCUAUUGUCUUCCCUCCUCCACCAUCACUACAUUUCUAUUGUCUUCCCUCCUCCACCAUCACUACAUUUCUAUUGUCUUCCCUCCUCCACCAUCACUACAUUUCUAUUGUCUUCCCUCCUCCACCAUCACUACAUUUCUAUUGUCUUCCCUCCUCCACCAUCACUACAUUUCUAUUGUCUUCCCUCCUCCACCAUCACUACAUUUCUAUUGUCUUCCCUCCUCCACCAUCACUACAUUUCUAUUGUCUCCCUCCUCCACCAUCACUACAUUUCUAUUGUCUUCCCUCCUCCACCAUCACUACAUUUCUAUUGUCUUCCCUCCUCCAUCAUCACUACAUUUCCAUUGUCUUCCCUCCUCCACCACCUCUACAUUUCUACUGUCUUCCCUCCUCCACCACCACUGCAUUUCUACUGUCUUCCUUCCUCGACCACCACUGCAUUUCUAUUGUCUUUCGCCCUUCACCAUUACCCUUUUGCAUCACCACUGUUUGGCAAUAUAAUCUUUCGUUUACCACCACCAUUAAUGGGGAUUUGAAGUUCUGUUAAUUUUGCUAAAUACACCGUGAGCAGUGAAACAAGGUCAAGGUUUUUUCAAUUGAUUGGAAGUUGCCUCACAUUCUAGAAAAACAAAACUGGCGAAUGGUCUUCUCUUGAUCGUCUUGCUUGAAAGGCAUUUUAUAAAGGUUUUGUACUUAAAACUUCUCGAUAGUCGGGAAAGAAAUUUUUAAUAUUUUUAUUUCUUACGAGGGUUCUCCUUUUUUUAGUUAACUGCCUGAGCUGUUAUACUUGUACAAGUGAGGAUUCCUUGGAAAACUGCAAUUCGAAGUUAACAAAAAAGGAAUGCCCAUCGGGGACACCGAAUUGCCUCACUGGCACGUUAACAUGUUUCGCCAGAGGGGAAGUCACGAAAACUUUCUUCUACAAGAGAUGUGGAACCAAAGUCAAGGGCUGCGAGCCGUCAGAUGAUCCUUCCUGUCAUUUGUCACAGGCUGGAUGGUCUUCCAGAAGUACAAACGAUUGUUGCACUAGAGACAACUGUAACGCGGCUCCCAAGAACGACACUGUGAACUCUGGUCCAUUAUAUAAGAUCAACGGCGCACUUACAAGAAUGUCUAUUUUGCUGGCCUUCAUGGAGUUCUCGUACUUUUAAACACCUCAUAUCGCAAUUAACCCUUUUUGGCUUUUUUAAGUUACUAAAGUUCCGAAACCAACGAUAUAUGUAGCAAAAUCAAGACAGGCUAUUUAGUUUAGCCGCCGGGAGUAAGCAGCUAAAAAUAAACAACCGGCUCACAAAGGUUCUUAUUUUUCUUAAUAACAUAUUUAGGUGACAGAACACUGACAGAAGAUAGAGCUACUACAUUAAAAGUAUGACUGCAAAUGUUAUACUUUCAACAUAUUCUAUUUCUUACUUACUCAACAACG